AUGUUAAACCCAACAGUCACAGAAGCUGAUUAAAAUUAAUAACUUGAAUAGAAACUCAUUAUCUUCUUAAGAAUUAUAUUGAACACUGAAAAAGAUGCUGAAGACAUUAAAGUAACAUUAGCAGAAAAUACUCGAUUUGAUGUAAGUGAGGCUUUUCGAACUAUUGACGCUAACUCGAAAGGAUACCUGACUGCCUCUGAUAUCUUUAGAUUUAUGUGCAAGAAUGGAUAUAGUUUAUCAAUGAAAUUUUGUGAUUUGUGGAUCUCCAUAUACAGCUCAGGAAAUGACAAACUAAGUCAUCAGAAGUUUCUUGAAUUUCUUGUGCCAAGAUAUAACAAGAGUCAAGCCAUGUAACUCAUUAUGAGGAAACUCUAAAUAACAGAAUAUAAACUAUCAUUCUAUCUAGAGGAUUUUGUGGCCAAAUUGAUUUAUUUAGAAGUCGACUACUUGAAAGUAAUUGAAAUUGAAAAAAUGGGCAUGGCUCAAUCAGUUAAAUGGAAGUUUAACACUAUUUUUAAAAUAAUUGCUGGGAAUCAAUCAUAUAUUGAUAAAAGAUCUUUGGAUUAAUUACUAAAUAAAUUUGAAAUAUAAUCACUAAGUCCAUUAGAUUAUUCAAUGUUUUUAAAUAGGUUUGUUAGAAAAGAUAAUUAAAUAAUUUAAAGGGACGAUUUUAGUGAUGCAAUGUUUCCAAGCAGAGAAUUGAUGUUGGAAUUCUAAUAGCAGAAAGAUGGAUUUAAUGAUUAUGUACUCAAUCAAAAUCAAUAAUUGGAUUAAUUGAUUGGUGUUGAUAAAAUUGUUGAUAAGGAAGAUUUUCUAUUUAAACCCGAAGAUCAUAAAAUGUAAACUUAAACCUUUAGGAAAGAAUUGGAAUCUAUAGAUAAUAGGAUAUAGAUCCAAAAACCUUAAGAAUUACCUAAGUUAUCAUCGAAUAGAUAUUUUAGUAACGAGAAAAGUAAGCUGAUUCAACAAAAGGCUUAAGUCAAAUCUAAGAAAUAUUAAAGUCCUUAUGAAUACGCCAAUUAAUUUCGUGUGAACGAUGAUUUAUUACAGGAAUAUGAAAUGCCUCAAAAUUAUUCACAGUUAACUGUGAGUCAAGGAAAUGUCUCUAGUUAUGUUUAAAACAAUUAACUUAUAAAAAUUGAAGAAUAAUCCAACUACAGUAAUUUUGGUUAAUAGCCUAAAAGAGUUCAAUAUUUUAAUUCUAGAUUGUGA